GGCUUUGACUUAUCAGGUAACAAAUUCUGGGGAUGGGGAUGGUUCACGCAGCUCGUUGAUUCUUACCUGUUGGGAGACUGAAAAGAAAGAGUGCUUUCUGGCACUACCUCUAUUUGUCUUAGACAUUAAUUUUAUAAUUAUUUACAAAAAUGUUUUAUGAUGUUUUGCGGCAACAUGUUCAUGGGGCUUCUUUUACCAUCUAGGAGAUGACGUCAAACUGGAUUUCAUCCCACAAAAAAAAUUACCACAUAAUGGCGGCUUUUGACGAGUAUCAUGUAAACACAAGAAAAUGUGUCUUUAUAUUUGCUUUAUUAUUUCGAAUUUUACUUAAUAAAUGUUAAAUUGCUAUUCUUCAGUAUAAUCAGGAUAAGAUAAACUUUUUUAAAAUGGGAGGAAGUUUUAAAAAAGGGGGGAGAAGUACUGGAAAUUAAAAACAGAGGAAAUUCCAGAGGAGGUAGAAUGUCAGCAUUUACUCAACACAACAAACGCAUAUGCCCAAAUGACAGCAAAUGGGUACUUAUCACAAGCCUUCCCUGUUGAAGAUGUACCCACAAAUAUACCAGGUUUUCCUCCACCACCGGUGAUAACAUGCACCACAGAUCCGAUGGAGUUGGAAGAAAUUAAAAGGACAAUAUUUGUAGAAAACAUUCACAACUCGAUUACCUCUGAACAGUUAAUGGCAUUCUUUUCUGGAGUUGGUGAAGUUAAAUAUAUGCGACUUUGUAAAUCUGAAGAACAAAAAUAUGCCUUCAUUGAAUUUUCCAUGGUUGAAUCUGUACCUACUGCUCUGCAGUAUAAUGGAGUUUUAUUUGGAAAUCGUUCUCUUAAAGUAACUCAUGCGAAGAGCCCCGUUGUGAAGCCAGAGACUGAACGGAUUGCAACAGGUAGAUCUACAAUAAGAACUAUGCGUGAUGUUGUAAAACGCCCCACUUUCGACCGUGAAACAAGAUCAAGUUUAUCAGAUGUUAAGUCGAUUCCAAACGACUCCACUGGUAAUUAUAGAUCGCCUACAAGAAGACGCAGUCGAUCCCGAACCCGACGAUCCAGAUCUCGGUCCCGUUCUAGACGUCGCAAGUCAAGAUCUCCAGUGCGGCGAAGAAGAAGCUAUUCAAGAUCUCCAAGACGCAGUAGUAGACGAAGUCGCAGUCCAUCUCGUUCAAGUGCGGCUUUGGACAAAACAAAAGCUGGGUCUCCCAGACGAAGCAGUAGACGAAGUCGAAGUAGAUCUCGCUCAAGGUCUCCAAAACGUCGAAAAUCAAGAUCUCGUUCCAGAGAUCGACGCAAAAGACGAAAGUCUGUUUCCAAAUCUUCAUCGCGGUCUCCUAUAAGACGAUCCAGAAAAAAAUCAAAAUCAAGAUCUCAUUCUCCUGCAAGAAGAAAUUCCCGGAAAUCAACUUCCAAGUCUCCUGAUAGAUCAUCCUCUAAGAAAAAGAAGAAAGAGAAAGAUCGAGAAAAAGAGAAAAAGGAAGGGAAAAGCAAGAAAAAAGAGGAAGGAGAAGUCAAAGAAAAAAAUAAAGACAAGGAAGCGGAGGCUGAUGACCAAGGAAGUAAUAUGUUGUUGUUUUUGUUGUUAUUUGAGCUAAACAGCCUACUCACAAAAAUCCACACGUUUGAAGAAGAUACCAGCAGAUUUUUCUCACAAUGGGAUUAUGUCCUUCCUCCUUUCCUGAAACUCCUUUGCCUGAUCUACCAAACAACAAUUUUAUGGCUAUCAUUAUCCACAGUGGAGACACAUUUGUUGUGGUAUAUGGAGGUCAACUCGAGCUGGAUGCUAUUAAGCUGUCCAUCAAACAAUUCUGGUCGAAAGGAUUAAGAAAAGCGAAAGCAAAGUUUGUUGAUCCUGGUAAUCCUGACACUGCAACAAGAUGUUAUAAAUUUAAAUUAAAGGGAAAUCCAUUUUUUGUUCCUAGUGGCAGAACCGAAUUUAUUCAGUGUCGAAAAUUAUGCA